UGUGGAGUGGGGUGGGCUGGUGGCCUGGGAGCAGUCAAGCAGGGAGGCCAGCUGGUGACAAGAGAACCCAGAGGCACCUGGGGCUGUGUGGAGAGCCCGGAAGAUUGCAGCCAUGCCUCACAGCUCCGACAGCAGCGACUCUAGCUUCAGCCGCUCUCCUCCCCCUGGCAAACAGGACUCAUCCGAUGAUGUGAGAAAAGUUCAGAGAAGGGAGAAAAAUCGCAUCGCUGCCCAGAAAAGCCGACAGAGGCAGACACAGAAAGCCGACACCCUGCACUUGGAGAGUGAAGACCUGGAGAAACAGAACGCGGCCCUGCGCAAAGAGAUCAAGCAGCUCACAGAGGAGAUGAAGUACUUCACGUCGGUGCUGAGCAGCCACGAGCCCCUGUGCUCGGUGUUGGCCACGGGCACGCCCUCACCCCCCGAGGUGGUGUACAGCACCCAUGCCUUCCACCAGCCUCACGUCAGCUCCCCGCGCUUCCAGCCCUGAGCUCCCAGAGGUGGGGGAGAGCGGAGCCCCCCACCCCCAGCUGCUCCGGCAGGCCUCAGGAGGGGCACACAGACUGUGGCCAGGCUGCCCUCGUCCCUCGGAGCCCUCUCUCCAGCUGGAGACCGGAGGCAGAGGCCUGGACAAGGAUUGAGCACAGGACCAUAGCAGCUGGAAGAGUGUGAGACCUCCCAGCAGUGAGGCAGCCCGUCGGUGUGUGCUGGACCCUAUGUGGGUGGGAGGCCCCAUCCAGAGUUGUACCAAGCAUAAUGCCCGAGUCCCGUGGCAGAGGGAGGAGGGCAGGAAAGUGUUAUUUUUCUAAAUAAAUGUCUUAAAAGAAGCCAAUUUCCUCUUUUACACUGUCCCUUGAAACCCUAAACUCUGUGGGGUUGGGCCUUCUUUCAUUAUUGGCCUCAAGAGCCCUUAAACCUCUAACAGCUCUGCUUUUCCAGAGUUUGUUAUCAGCUUGGGAAGCUGGGUAUAUUCACAGCAUCUUCAGUCAUCCCUCUAGGCAUCUUCUUGAUUUUCCUCCCAAAUCCUCUCUCCAUGACCUCCCACCUUCCAGUCCUCUUUGCCUGGUGCUCUCUGGACUGUCAGCGGGUCAUUUUCUGACAGGGCGAAGGACAGGGCAAGAUGCGUUCAGGGGAAUGGGCAUUCAAGUUGACACCACCAUC